UAGCUCAGGACCGAACACUUGACUCUUGGCAGACGCUGUCCCGUUUCCCAACGCAGCAAUCGCUACAGUAUAGAGGAUCAGCGCUGGUGUGUGUGUGUGUGUGUGUGUGUGUGUGACUCCCAGAGGAAUGGCUGUCGCCAGGAUCCUGACUGCUGGAGGGCUGCUGAGCUGCCUCUACACUCUCUGCUCCUCCACAACAACACCAGAGCCGUCGUUCCUGGUGACCUUUCCUGCCCAUAUAAGGUCAGCGUCGGUCGCCCGGCUGUGCGCCAGCCUCCAGCGGCCCAACGAGACGCUGCGCAUGACCGUCCACCUGACCAGCGGAGAGGACCGCACGCUGCUGCACCAGCUGACCGCCGACACCGACCUCCACCGCUGCGUCCACUUCCAGGCACCGGCGGUAAAUAAGGACACUGUGCAGAAUAUCAGAGUAGAGGUCCAGGGCCGGACGUCCCACUGGACUUCAGAGAGCCGGGUGAAGUUCAGGCCAAAACCUGAUCCGGUGACCUUCAUCCAGUCAGAUAAGCCCAUAUACAGCCCCGGCCAAACAGUGCAUUUCAGAGUGGUUACCAUGGAUACGGAGUUCAUUCCCCUGCAGCAGAAGUACAGCCUGGUGACCCUGGAGGAUCGGCGUGGCAACAUCAUUGGCCAGUGGCUGAAUGUGUCGUCGGAGCGCAAGCUAGUGCAGCUGUCUCACGCGCUAAACGCCGAGGCUCCCCAGGGCUACUACACGCUGUCUGUGGUCGCAGAGCGGAGCCGAGGCUCGCACCAGUUUCAAGUGAAGAAAUAUGUUUUGCCCAAGUUUGACGUGACUCUCAACAGUCCAGAGUCAGUGAGUGUGGGAGCACCAGAGAUCCGACUGCAAGCGUGCGCCAAGUACACGUUUGGAGCGCCUGUGCCAGGGAAGGCUACGCUGUCGCUGUGUCGAGAGGCUGAUGGUGGAGGAUUCGGAAUCAAUGAUCCCACACAACCAGUAUGUGCGGAGGAACUGGUGGAGAUGGAUGCGUCUGGCUGUGGCUGUUAUGUCUUCAACAUGGCAACAUUUACACAACAAGACUUGUUGAGAGAAGCCCUAAUAUUCAAGGCCUCGGUGGUGGAAGAAGGAACAGGCAUCAGUCGGUCUGAGGCCAAAAACAUCGAUUUGGACUUCUCUCUUGGGAAACUGUCCUUUGUUGAUACACCAAGCGUAAUUGAGGAUGGGGCAGUUAUGGAGGGCAAGAUCCAAGUGACCCAUUACAAUGACACCGGCAUCGCUGGGAGGACGGUCCAUCUGUUCAAAGGUCCGAGAUGGAGCGCAGAGCUUCUGCUGAACCUGACCACAGACUCUGCUGGAGCGGCCCAGUUCUCUCUCAACACGGCUCCUUUCCCUGGAGACUUCGAGCUCUUUGCCAGCCUAACUCCAGACGCUGAGAGGGACUCAUUCAGACCGUAUCGCACUCCGUACUAUGAGUCGGCAUCAAAGUCUGUGUCCAGAAUUAAACCGGCGUCUGCACACUCAGCCUCAUCCAGCUCUCUGGCCAUUACCGAAAUAGAGGAUCCUCUUCAGUGUGGCAAAGACGUCCCCAUCACCAUUAAAUACACCUUUACUGGGGAGUCUUUCAACACAGACUCUGUGGAUGUCAUUUAUUUGGUGAUGUCCAGAGGCCAGAUUGUUCAUCAUGGCGUUGCUGGAGCUUCAGUUAGGGGCUCUCCCCCAGUAGCCCAGGGCUCCGUGGCAUUCCAGCUGUCUGUCAGAGCAGAGAUGGCCCCCUCAGUGCAGGUGCUGGCCUACAGCGUCUUACCCAGUGAGAUCGUGCUGGCUGAUAGCAAAACCUUCUCAACGGAGAAGUGCUUCAUAAGCAAGGUGGCGGUGCAGUUCUCCCCUCCUACGUCGGUCCCAGGAGAGCAGAACACCCUGCAGCUGACUGCUCCGCCCAGCUCCCUCUGUGGCCUCAGUGCUGUAGAUCAGAGCAUCUUCAUCCUGGAGCCAGACAAGCGCCUGAACGCUGAGAAGGUUUUUGAUCUGUUGCCCCGGAUGGACUCAUUUGUUGAUUAUGAAGUUGAAGAUCCAGUGGAGUGUCUAAAAGUGAGACCUCGGCGAUCUCCAUACUAUCCUCCGCGACGCUCUGACACUGAUGCCUUUGCGGUUUUCCAGAGAUUGGGGCUGAAGGCUGCAACUAAUCUGGUUUUACGGGCACCAGACUGCCUACUGUACCGGGGGGAGACGUACCACAAGGGAUUCGGGUAUCCGGAGGUGGCCUAUGGCGUGGCCUUCGGCGGACCAAUGGGUGGACCAGGCGCUCCAAUGCCGGAAGAUGUGGGUGUGACCGUUCGUACAAUCUUCCCAGAGACGUGGAUCUGGGACAUGGCAGAGGUCGGGGAGUCUGGAGAAACACAAGUCCAUCUCACUGUCCCGGACACCAUCACCACCUGGGAGACUGAGGCCUUCUGCCUAUCCCCCCAGGGCUUUGGUUUGGCUCCCCCAGUUCAGCUCACCGUUUUCCAGCCCUUCUUCCUGGAGCUCUCCCUGCCGUACUCCAUCAUCCGUGGAGAGACCUUUGAGCUGAAAGCAACAGUCUUCAACUACCUGCCCAAGUGCAUCAUGGUCACAGUGAUUCCAGCGCCUUCCUCAGACUUCACGCUGACCCCCUCCUCUGAUGGCCAGUACUCCUCCUGUCUGUGUGCAGGGGGCAGGAGGACCUUCAGAUGGACGCUGCUGCCCUCUGUGCUUGGAGAAAUGAGCGUGACUGUGAGUGCUGCCGCUGAUCCGUCCCAGACUCUGUGCGGUAAUGAAGUGGUGACCGUCCCAGAGAGAGGCCGCAUAGACACGGUCACACGCUCCCUCAAGGUCAAGGCUGAAGGAACCGAGAAGGCUGAAAGUUUCAGUUGGCUGUUAUGUCCUAAGGGGGGCGCUUUGACGGAGGAGCAGGAGCUGAAACUCCCACAGGAUGUAAUUCAGGGAUCAGCCAGAGCCUCCGUUUCUGUGCUAGGAGACAUCCUGGGUCGCGCUCUGAAGAACAUUGACAGCCUCCUGCGGAUGCCUUAUGGUUGUGGGGAGCAAAACAUGGCCGUCCUCUCCCCAAAUAUCUACAUUCUGCAGUAUCUGCACAACACUGGGCAGCUCACGGCUGGCAUUAAGGAGAAGGCCACCAAUUUUCUCAAGAGUGGAUACCAGAGGCAACUGAACUACAAACACCCUAAUGGAGCCUUCAGCACGUUUGGAAGAGGAGACGGAAACACAUGGCUUACUGCUUUUGUGGUGAGGUCGUUUGAAAAAGCGAGGUCCUUUGUCUACAUUGAUCCAAAUGUUAUAACGACUGCCAUCUCUUGGCUUGGAGAAAACCGUCGACCAGAUGGUGUUUUCAAUAUGCAGGGGAAACUCUUCAACAACAGAAUGAAGGGGGGUGUAAACGAUGAUGUAACAAUAACAGCCUACAUCACUGCAGGAAUGUUUGAACUGAACAUGCCUACGAAUGUUACGCUAGAAACAAUGAGGUUCCUGAAGUCCUCCAGCAGAGAUCGCUCCAACACCUACACCACUGCACUGCUGGCCUACACCUUCAGCCUUGCUGGAGAAGAGAACCUCCGCGCUGAGCUGCUGCUACAUUUGGACAGUAGAGCGACCUCUGGCGGGAGUCUGCUGCACUGGUCGGAGUCCUCAUCAGAGCGAGGUGACUCUCUAGCGGUGGAGACGAGUUCUUAUGUGCUGUUGGCAGUUCUCACCAAACCCACACUGACCACUGAAGACUUGGGUUAUGCCUCCAGGAUUGUCAACUGGCUGGUGAAGCAGCAAAAUCCAUAUGGAGGCUUCUCUUCCACACAGGAUACAGUGGUAGCUCUGCAGGCUCUGGCUCUGUACGCCACCAAGGUCUUCAGCCCACAAGGCUCCAGCACAGUGACUGUGCAGUCUGCAGGGGGCGACAAACACCAGUUUGAUGUGAACCAGCACAACACAUUACUGUACCAGGAGAAAGCGCUGCGGGACGUUCCUGGGAGGUACAGCGUAGAAGUGAAGGGCUCUGCAUGCGCUUCUGUUGGGGUCGCACUUUUCUACAACAUCCCCACUCCCACUAAGCUCUCAUCCUUGAGCAUUGAAGCUCAAGCCAAGCCUCUGACUGAGGGGGAGUGCAACAAGGCCAAUGGGCAGAUCUUCAUCCUAAACAUCAAAGUCCUGUAUAAUGGACCACAGGAGAGCACGAACAUGGCUAUCAUAGACGUGAAGAUCUUAUCAGGGUUCAGUGCUGACUCUGCCUCAGUUGAAAGACUUCAGGGCAGCAUAUUUGUGGACCGAGUCGACCAGAAAGAUGACCACAUCCUUGUGUAUUUGUCCGAGGUUCCAAAGGAUACACCUGUCGACUACCAACUGGUACUCCAACAAGAUCUCGCAGUGACCAACCUGAUGCCAGCAGUGGUCAAGGUCUACGACUACUACGAGACCAGUGACCAGGCUGAGGCUGAGUACUCCUCCCCUUGUGCAGGGAACAGCUAAGGAAGAGGUCAUCAAAUGGAAGUUCUUUUAUUUUGACAUUUUAAAAAUGUAACUUGCUAAUGUGUGAUGUUAACUUGCUAACGUGUUAACUUGCUAAUGUGUGACCACACAAGAUUUCUGAUUGUAUAUGCCAUUUAACUUGCUAAUGUGUGACCACACAAGGUUUCUGAUUUUAUAUCUGUAAUAAAUACUGCAAUCCUAA